AUGAACGCCAUCAAGAUCCGCAGGAAGAAGAAUGUCAAGAAGGGUAUCCAGUUCUGUCUGAUGGUCUGUGGCGCAUCAGGCACUGGUCGCACUACCUUUGUCAACACUCUCUGCGGCCAGGACGUCCUGAACCACAAGGAAUCGGACGACCCGAGCAAUGCUCACGUCGAGGAGGGCGUCCGGAUAAAGCCCGUCACCGUCGAAUUAGAGCUCGAUGAGGAAGGCACCCGCAUUUCCCUGACCAUCGUCGACACCCCCGGUUUCGGUGACCAGAUUGACAACGAGGCCAGCUUUGGCGAGAUCGUCGGCUACCUCGAGCGCCAGUAUGAUGACAUUCUGGCCGAGGAGUCGCGUAUCAAGCGUAACCCUCGUUUCCGCGACAACCGUGUCCACGUCCUCCUCUACUUCAUCACCCCCACUGGCCAUGGUCUCCGUGAGCUUGACAUUGAGCUGAUGAAGCGUCUCUCCCCCCGCGUCAACGUCAUCCCCGUUAUUGGAAAGGCCGACUCUCUCACCCCCGCCGAGCUCGCCGAGUUCAAGAAGCUCGUCAUGGAGGACAUUGAGCACUACCGCAUCCCGGUCUACAACUUCCCUUACGACAUCGAGGAAGACGACGAGGACACUGUCGAGGAGAACGCCGAGCUGAGGGGCCUCAUGCCCUUCGCCAUUGUUGGUGCGGAGGAGUUCGUUGAUGUUGGCGGCAAGAAGGUUCGCGCGAGGCAGUACCCCUGGGGUGUUGUCGAGGUUGAGAACCCGAGGCACUCUGAUUUCCUGGCUGUGAGGAGCGCUCUCCUUCACAGCCAUCUGGCGGAUCUCAAGGAAAUCACUCACGACUUCCUGUACGAGAACUACCGUACCGAGAAGCUGUCCAAGAGCGUCGAGGGUGGUGCUGCUGCCGAUUCGUCGAUGAACCCCGAGGACCUGGCAUCUCAGUCCGUGCGCCUAAAGGAGGAGCAACUCCGUCGCGAGGAGGAGAAGCUCCGCGAGAUCGAGCUCAAGGUCCAGCGCGAAAUCCAGGAGAAGAGGCAGGAGCUGCUGGCACGCGAAAGCCAGCUCAAGGAGAUCGAGGCACGGAUGCACAGGGAGCAAAGCCAGGCGCUCGGCUCGGAGACACCCGAAAUCCCCGAGGAGACGGCUUAA